AGGGAGGAGAGGGGGGAGACGCGGAAGAAACUCUCGGAAUGGGGCAAGGGCUGGCGUCAACAGCAUCAACUUCAGCGUCUGCCCGGGAGCGGACGAACAGCAGUGUAUUGUCGGCAGGGAAAGGGGGGCGCAGUUCCGAGGAGAAGGCGCAAGCGAAAAAGAAGGAGGCGAAGGCGGCGAAGGCGGCGGCAGCGGUGGUAGCGGCGCUAGGGUCGCCGGCGAAGGCCGUCGCGACUGUUACCACCGCAGGCGGUAACGGCGGUAACAAGGGCAGUGCCAAGAAGAAGAGGUUGAUGGCUCAGAUGGUGAAGGCCGCGGGGCAGCGGCAGCACUGGAAGGAGGCCAUCGUUUUGUUCGAUCAAAUGCAGGAAAAGGGUGUCCCCACGGUGAAGGCGGCGUACGGGGCUGCUCUACGUGCGUGCGCCAAGGGAGCGGAUUGGGAGCGCGGGACUCAGCUGCUGGAUAACUACCUCGAGGAGGGGUACGAGCUAGAAGAGAGUGUGGUAAACAACGCAGUCAAGGCUUGCUGUCGGGCAGGGAGACCUAGCGAGGCGGAAGCAAUUUUGGCAAAGAGCCUCGAGCGGGGAGUCGUUCCCGAGGUGUCCCUCUUCACGGCGGUGAUGAACGCGUGCUACACGGUUGGCGACAUGGACGCCAUCCUGGCUAUCGGAGACCAGCUGCGGGCACAGAGCCUCACGCCGGACCACACCGGUUAUCACCUCAUCGUGACUUCCCACAUAAGCAAGCUCGACUGGGUGAGCGCCACCGAAGCGCUGGUGGAGAUGGGGGAGGCAGGGCUGGCCCCGACCGCGGGCUCCGCUCGAAAGUGGAGGCUUGCCAACGCGGUGAUAGAGGAGAUCGACAUAGAGGUUGACGAAGAUUACAUGCCUCGCGAGGGAGAAGAGGCAGACAACGGGAUGCAAGGGACGGGUAGUAGAUGGGAUGACCGCGGGGCAAGGGAGGACGGUGGUUUUGAGGGGCGGGAGUAGGAAGCCAGACGGCGGGAUGGUGAGUAGAAAGGAGAGGUUUGAGGGACAGUAGUGGUCCCUGUAUUUACGCCGCAUUGUGGUCCCCAUGAAAGGCCGGUCGCCCUGUGUAAGGCCGGUGAAAUCGCGUGACGCUGGUGGAAUGUUCAAGUCGUUUCAUGCUCUUGAUUUUGCGGGUACUCGGUGUAGAGGGCCGGCCAUCCCCCUUGGCAUGUAUGCGGUCUUAUACCAUAGAGGGGCAAGGCCUUCUUGAGGGGGCACUGCUGUUGUAUGCAUACAGCCAUAUAGACAACUACUUUCUGUCGAAGCUAGGUGUUCACGCAUGUUGUUGUAUGAGGGCUAGAGAGAACAACACGGAGACAAGGAGCGAGGUGGACAAGUGGAAGGCUUCACGUGUUUGCCACCUGGAAGAGCUGCAAACGUUUUUCUAGUCUUUUUCUGACGAGAGCCGAUAUUCGGGGUGCUUGAGACCCUGGGACGAGGGGACGGGAGUGCCGCUGGAGCCGUACGCCUAUCUAUAGUUUUCGUUGCGCCGCCGCCGGUGUACUUUCUUGCUGCGCUAGAGAGAGGGAUAAGAGGUUCCCACGUUUUUUUUAUUGGCCAAAUUUCUUCAAAGGAGCUUCUGAUUGGUCGAAAAUUCAUGUUCGACAUGUGACGUCAUCCACGUAUUCUAAAGCAAGGUUAUGUAGGGAUUCAGUUUCUGUUGCGCCUAGCACCAUUCAUUUCGGCUGUUUAGUUAAGGUUCUCGAGGGCACUGGCACGUGUAUUCAUACCAUGCGUUGUGUCGUCAUUUCAUCGCGGGAAUGUUUCUUUGAAGUGCCCCAAAGGCUGCCCGUGCUAUUUUUCGCCCCAUCGUGAGAGUGUGUGCCGGAAACGAGGUGUCAAGCCAUUUUAGUUGAGGGAAAGCACCUGGAGUGUGAUGUGAAAGUGGUGCCCUCGAAAUACGAGCAACAACAUGCGGUGAGUCAU